AUCGGCCAGGAUCUCUGGAGCAUCCGCAACUACACCGGCCGGUUCGGCGCGCCGGACGCCGUCAUGUCCUACGCGUCCAUCGGCAACCUGAGCGGCCUCUGGAGCCCGACGGACUACGGCAGCGGCGUCGAGUACGCCGACGGCGCGCUCGCGGGCUUACCCGCGCGCACGGCGCUGCAGCUCGGGCUCGAGCUCAAGGGCCACGAGGCCGCGCUGUCGCGCGGCGACCUCGGCGCGAACGUCGACGCGCUCGUCGCCUACGUCGCCUCUCUCGCGCCGCGCCACGUCCUCGUGCGCAUCGGCUACGAGUUCGACAUGCCGGGGAAUCUCUACGUGCCCGAGGCCUACAAAGCAGCGUACCGCGUCGUCGCGGAGGCGCUCGCGGACGCGCCGAACGCGUUCCGCGUGUGGCACAGCUGGUCCUUCGCGCCCUGGGAGGCCGACGGCGGGCGCGGCGUCGGGGCGUGGUACCCCGGCGACGGCCUCGUGGACUACUGCGGCGUGUCCGUGUUCCAGCAGGCCUACGGCGACUCCGAACUCGGCGAUUUGACCUACGCGCACGCGAUGGCGGACUUUUGCGACGAAAAGCGCAUCCCCCUGAUCAUCGCCGAGUCGACGCCCUUCGGCGCGGGGGUCGUCGAGCCCUACGGCACGCUCUGGGCGCGCUGGUUCGAGCCGACGCUGCGCUUCGCGAAGGCGCGCGGCGUCGUCCUGUGGUCGUACAUCGACUGCGACUGGGAUUCGCAGCCCAUGUGGCGGGGCAUGGGCUGGGGCGACAGCCGCCUCGAGGUCCGCGACGCCCUCGCGGCGAAAUGGGAGUACGACGUCCUCGACCCCUACCCGAACGCGACGCGCGCGUUCUUCUCGCGCGUGUCGGCCGCGCGGCCGCCGGGCCUCGGCCGCCGCGAGGCCGUCUACCUCGCCUGCUACCUGCCCGUGCUCGGCCUCUUCAUCGCCUUCCUCAUGCCCGCGCCCGAGGAGCGCACGCGGCCCCGCGCCGCGUCGUCCAUCGACGAGGGCCACCGCCGGCCCUUCGUCCUCGCGAGCCCCGAGGCCGCGACGGUGAAGCUGAGCGACUCCUAACUGGGCGAAGCUG